AUGUUGGAAACAAGCAUUUCCUUCAUAAAAUCUGCUGUGCCAGUAUAUCACAAUGCUGUCAAGUCGAUCAUCUUCAAAUGCGCCGAGUUGCUUAUGGGUAUCUUUAUCUAUAAGCUUUUCUCCUUAAUCGCAGCCGGCUCAAACCAGUUCACGUCUUAUCUCAUGUUCACAGAAGAUUACAUUCAGCGUACCCUUUACAUCUCGUCGCGCGGUCUAUCACGAGCAGGCCUCAUCGUACUUGCCUUCAGCCUUCUGAACAUCGUCCUGUCACUCUAUGGCACCCUUCUCUGGGCAUUGGAUGCUCCUGGUUACAUCUUCAAAACUUCGACUGUCACGAUCGCCGACUACGCGGAUUUGAGGAACGAGAAUCCACCAUACAUCGUUCAGUUGUCUUUAGAUCCCUCCCGUAUUAACGAUUCUACACAGAGGCUAUCGCAGAUUAUUGGAUCUGACCUCUUUCAACCUGGACUGAAUUACACCUUGACUGGCCAAGUCUCCAAUAAUAAUAGCGCACCAGAAGUUGUCCCACAAACAGGACCAGUUGAUGUGGGUGCUCGGAUCUGGCUCGAUGAUGAUGGCCUCUCUGUCUCAAUCGAAGUUAGCCUCGUGAAUCCCCCCAACCCAGUAUUGCAGAACAAGGACUACUAUGUGAACACCACUGAUGGCGACGGAUACACGGUGUGGGAGAGUACAUUUGACGAUGUCUUCUCGAAAGACUUUGUUGAAAACAUCGCUGGAAAGCCUGAGGUCCAUUGGGACACCGCCUCGGAUGGACUGGCUGACUCUAGAUACAUCUUGCCCAACAGAUACGACAACAUCUGGUACUCCUUUGGUUCGGGCGGUGGCUCAGCUCUCAUGAAUCAGGUCUUCACAGUGACCAAGGGCAAGAGGCGUCACACUUUCUUCCAGUCCACGUUCAAAACGACUAUGCUCACGACCUCUGGAGUUCCUCUGGUCAAGAAAGAAGUGUCAGACCUUGUAGAACGAACAGGACAUCUUGAUCAUGAUAACAAAAGGGUUAUUUCCUCUAGCCGCAUUGUCGACAACAUGAUGAAUGCUCAAAGUCAAAACAUGAGCUAUCAUUAUGGUCUCAACACAGUUUCAAACAACAAAAUAUCUACGCUACAAAACACAUGGGGUUCAUACACAGUAUCGAGCAACGGCAGACGCCUGUAUACGCUCGUCAGGAUGACGAGUACCAACAUGACCCUCAUUCGAUCCGAAAGUAUUUCGAAAGCGCCAGAGCCACAGGAGAAAUGCGAGUAUUCAAACUUUCAGACUGAAGCUUUCGGUGGCAAGUACGGCCGAUCCGACUGUUUUGGGCACUCGGCCGUCGACGAUCCCAGAUUCUUCGGCCUGGUAGACACUGCUGCGGUAAUGGUCGCCCAUGAUCUUGGCGACGGUCGAUCUAACCUCAGCUCCAAGUCACUGGACAACAAUGCCUUGACCUGGAUCCGGGAUAAUGCAGACACUAUGGAAUCGCUUCUAAUUUCGAGAGCGUAUAGUGUCGGCAUCGACCCAUCUCUUGUGUACAUCAGCGUGGACAAACUCAUUGUUGCCGUGUCUUAUCUCCAGCUUGCUCUAAGCUGUCUGGCCCUGCUGAUGGCUAUUGCUUUAUGGCUUGCUCUUAUGAUCUUCGCUGAUGCCCACUGGGCCAGCUCACUCUUGGCCAAUCUGAUUCAUACUACAACAGAGACGGGCGGCGCAAAGCCUGGGUACAUGAUGCGUGAUCCCAAUGUGUCCUUGCAGCCCAUGGGUAAGAGAAAGCUUCUGGCAGUGAAAGGAGGACAGGUCACUCUGUGUUCUCCUACCCCUGUUUAUGGAGAACAAACAACCGGUUAUGUUGAUGAUACGAAAGGUCAGAUGACAGCAGAGGGUUAUCCUGUUAAUUAUACCCAGCCUCACAAUGGAGGAGAAAGGUUGAUGGCAGGUUUUGAUCGAACACAAGCGUGA